CAUCAUCUUGGAAGACAGGAAAAAAAGGUAAAGAAAUUGUGAAAAUUCAAAGUAGAAAAUUAUUCUUUUAAAUAGAUUAGAGUAUGUCUAAUCAGCUAAAUUCGAGUCAAUUUCGAUGCUGUUUUGGAAUCCUUCAUGUUAAAACAGCUUGUAUCAUUAUCGGAGCAUGGCAUCUGAUUCUUAAUCUCUUUGCACUCACAUUACUCGGUAUUAUUGCUAAAAAUCCAGCAAUUAUACACCAUUCAAGUGAUAAUAAAUUGGAUGAUGAUGGCAUUGAUGCACUCCCAACACCAGUUUCUCGAAAUAUUCUCGAACAAGACCCGUAUAGAGAUCAUUCACUUAAUCAUAAUGACAUAGAUAUGGGCGGUCUAGUUUGCUUGUGCAUGAUUGCAAUAACGCUAAUGUUGAUUUACGGUGCAAUGAAGAACCGUCCGAGUCAUUUGCUGCCCUUCUUCUUCCUUCAAUUAUGUGAUUUUGCUAUAACAACUUUAAGUGCAGCUGGUUAUCUGUGCUACCUUCGUACAAUUCACAAAAUUAUUGAGAAUUCAAAACAUUUACCAUACAAAGAAGAACUAUUAAGAGUGGAUUCACAGACAUUAGGAAUCCUUGUAUUAUUCGCAUUUGUAUUUAUGGUCAUGCUUAAAGCAUACUGUAUUGGCAUUGUUUGGAGAUGCUACAAAUACUUGACAAUUCGUCAAAACGCCACAAUUUUAUCCUACAUUAUCCAAGAUCAACCAAUGAAUACAGAAAACCUGUACAAUUCAUUGCUCCCUGGCUAUGAGGAGGCACUUAAUAUGAAAGCACCACCAAGUUACGCUGCUGCAAUGCAGAGCCAUGAAAUUAUACCCACAUCUUCAGACAUGAAUCCACCAAGUUAUACGCAAGCUAUGACCAUACAAGAUAAUACAACAGAGGCUACAAAUACAAGACAACCUGGAGAAAGCUCUUCUACAUAAAUUAAUCGAAGAUAUAUCUUACAAAUUCUAUAUAUUUUUUUCAUUCCCACAAAAAUAAAAUUAAUCCCCUAUCCAAUGUAAUUUAUUGAUGAUCUUACUUUACUUUAGAUUCCUAGAUGAAUAAGUUUUAAAGCAGAAAUGUAGAUGGAAUAAAAAUCUUAAUUGAAUAUUAUUAUAUGUGAAAAGG